GUGUGAGGCGAAUUUGCUCCUGGUUUUUAUGAACCUCUCUACACUCCACAAAGUGGUAUUUUAUGGGUGAAGGGGAUCUUUCUUUCACUUCUCACCAUCUAUUUGUUAAUCUUUGUGAUGGGACUAAUCCAUAUGAUAUAUGAGGGUGCUUAAUCUUCUUAAGUGGAGUUAAAGCUAAAGGCUACUAUUGGAGCUCAUGCUUAUGAUUUGCAAGUGUUGCUUUCAAUAAAGAAAGAGAAAGAGAGAAAGAAUGUGCUUUUUGGUUGGCCCUUUUAGCAUAUUGGUGUUCUUUUGGGGGAGGCUUUAGCAAUUUGCAACUAAGGUUUGUUGUUAUUAUGUCAAAGCUUUAUUGGUAGGGAGGAGAAUGUUAUGUGGAUAAAAUAAUAAUAUUACAUUGAAACUCUAGUACUUGUAUUCUCUCUGUUGAAUUUGAGGUUUUGAUUUGGUUGUAUUUAUAGUGCACAUGUUCUGUUUGAUGUUUUGUUUUCUCUGGAUUGAGGUUUGAGGUAAGUUGCAAGAGUUGUUGUGUUUCAAUGUGAUUUUUUGAGGGUCAAUAAUGAAAUCUUUGAGUAGUGUAGGUCUUGGUUUGAGCAUUGUUUUCUGUUGCCUCUUGUUAGCUUUGGUAGCUGAAGUUUACUAUUUGUUAUGGUGGAAGAAGAGGAUAACAACCAAUAAUAGAGAGAUUGAGAAUCAUAACUAUGGCAACCCUUUCAAAGAGCUUUUAUAUAUGUUUUGUUGGAAGAAGCCAUCACCAUCAACAUUAUCAUUAUCAUCAUCAUCUUUGAGGCACAAUACAGGUUUCACUUGUUCUUCAAUGAGUACCAGUGACACCCUUGUUCAUGACCCUGAAUCACAAACUAACAACAAAGAAUUUCACUUCAAACCCUUUGGUGAAGAUGCUGAGUACAUGAGGCAACAAGAGCUAUUAGGCCCUCCAAGAUUCUUGUUCACAAUAGUUGAAGAAUCAAAGGAAGAUUUAGAAUCUGAUGAUGGAAAAUCUAAGGGAAAAGGUUCAAGAGGUAGAAGCUUAGGUGAUUUGCUUGUUGUGGAAACACCAUAUUUGACUCCUAAUGCAUCUCCAUCAUUCUUCACUCCUCCUUUCACUCCAAGUAGUCCUUACAACCAGCAUGGAUUCAAUCCUCUUUUCGAGUCCACAACUGAAUCCGAGUUUAAUAGGAUUAAGUCGUCACCUCCUCCAAAGUUCAAGUUCUUGCAAGAAGCAGAAGAGAAGCUUAGAAGAAAGUUACAAGAAGGUGAAAACAAUAAGGGAAAUAAUAAUGUAGAUGAGGUUGAUGAUUGUUCCACGAUGACAACCAUUGUUGAUAAGAAAACAGAAAGAGAGGUUAACAACCAUUCUCAUCAUCAUAAUCAUCAUCAUCAUCAUAAUCUACCACAGCACCAUUCAAGCUCUUCACAGAUUUUGGAAUUUGUUUCCUCCACUGUUGAGUUGUUUUGGGAUGCAGUUAAAACUCAAUCUGCUAUGCCAGUUGUUCAAUGUACUCUGAACGUUACAAAGUAUUUUCUGCCCAGAAAAGGUUUAAAGGUGGGACUAAUGCAAUUGGGAAAUUAUGGGGUUGCUUUAUUUUAUUGAAUUUCCAUUUUCCUAAUGUAGCUGACAUUGUAAUUACUAAUAUUAUUGUUAUUGUUAUUAUUAUUAAUAUUUUUUUAGUGAUCAGAUGGCCCAACUCUUCCAUUCAUGUAGCUGUCUAAAGGACACUGAUGGAAUUGUUGCAGAGUCUUUGAUAUUUUUUCCCCUUCACUUUAAUACAAGCUUGUGAAUGAGACAUAUCUUAUGCCAACA